GACAGUCAGUCACUGCACUGGACUGAAACUGUCUGUUCUGUAUAUUUUGUAGAUUAGUGUGUUGUGUUGUUUUAUUAAUUUGUAUUUUAUAAGUGUUCAUAAAAGAAUUAAAUGAACUGUGUCCAUAAAGGUUUCAGUUUCUAACCGAAUGAAUUAAAAUCUAGAAGUUUACAAGAAAAUGCUGUGAUUAAGUGGUGUUAGUUAUAAAUAAUAUGCAUUCAAUUGUUUGGACGGGUAGAAUUUUAUCACGUGCUUUGUGGAAUAGCAUAACAAAUUAUUCGAAUAACUGUGCUGAUGCUAAAGUAAAGCCGAAACGUGAACCUUAUAUUCUAUCAGCAGUUAGUGGAUUUCCAAAAGACUUUAAACAAACUAGGCUUAGAAAAGGACAAUUUGGAGAUGAUGCUUGGUUCUUCUCUAAGUGCAAAACUGCAGACGUUUUUGGUGUGGCAGACGGUGUUGGUGGUUGGAGGAGAUACGGCAUCGACCCCGGUGAGUUCUCUAGUUUCCUGAUGAGGACGUGUGAUCGCCUUGUGUCCACGGGGCGUUUCAGCACGACAGAACCUGCUAGUCUACUUGCGCGCAGCUACUACGAGCUGUUAGAGAACAAGCAGCCCAUAUUGGGCAGCAGUACAGCGUGUGUGAUGGUGCUCAACAGAGCGACCAGCACUAUCUACACAGCCAACAUCGGCGACAGUGGGUUUGUGAUAGUUAGACACGGAGAGGUGGUUCACCGCAGUGAAGAACAACAACACUACUUCAACACUCCCUUCCAGCUGAGCCUGCCUCCGCCCGGCCACACUGGUUCUGUUCUCUCCGACAGGCCAGAGGCAGCAGACACAUCGAAUUUCCCAGUGGAAGAUGGAGAUGUUAUUCUGGUCGCCACAGACGGAGUAUUUGACAAUCUACCAGACCAGGUUUUGGUAAGUGAGCUGUGUAGGCUACAGGGAGAGCGAGACCCAGUCAAGAUACAGAAGGUGGCCAACUCCAUCGCGUGGAUGGCUCGCAACUUAGCGUUCGACGACAAGUUUCUAUCACCAUUUGCCAAGUCUGCAAUGGCCAAUGGAAUAUAUGCUAUAGGUGGCAAGCCGGAUGACAUCACUGUAUUACUAGCAACAGUAGUAGGCUAGCCCCAAGACAACACUUCAUUGUAAAUAUAGCUCCAUUUUUUCAUCUCAUUUUCUGUAAAUUAUUUUUUUGUAAGAUCAUUUCAUUUCUACGAGUCCCCGAAAAAUCAAAUAGGUUUAAGAUGAAAUCGUUGUACAAGUCCGAUGCGGUUAAAAUUUUUCAUUGUAAUUUAUUUCUGUCUCGCAAUGAUAUUGUUCCUUUUGCUUUAAAAAAGCGAUUCUUAAUUUAGUUAAGAACUAACUUGCUGUUGUUUAAUUUGUAGUCAACAAGAUGGAACACCUAGGUUCAGUAAUAGCUGAUAUGUGAUAGGAUGUGAUUAUUUUACUUUUAGGUGUUUUGUGUGAGAAUUGUAAAUUGUUACGGAUUUGCAAUUUUAAAACAACAGAACUGAGUAGUCGCGAGAUGGAUAGUCGGUGCUAGUGCUAGUCACCGGUCAUCAAUAAAUUUAUUCAAUUUC